AUGGCAUUCAAGAACGGACUUAGUGAACGCCUCGAUGAGCUGCGAUUCCCUUCCCCAAGGUCGCCUCCUUCGGAGUCCGCUUUCCCCGGCUAUAACUCGCUCUCCCCGGGCCACUCCAAUUUCGUCUCGGCUUUCUCGCGACCCUCGGGCGAUGUCCGUGGGAAUCUUCAGCGCCGAUUUACAACCGAUUCCAGCAAGCUUGCUUCCUGGAGUCAUCUGAACCAUCUCGGGAGCAGCUCUCAGCUCCCGGCUCCAGAUCAUCUGGAUCUGCUUUCAUCGUUUGAAAAGAAGCGCCAGCACAUUGAGUACAUGAGGGAACAAAGGAGGAGGUUUGAAGAAGACAUGAAGCUGCUAGACAUGCAACAUGAGAAAGAAAAGCAAGAUUUGGAGCGCAUUGCUGAAAACCUAGCCAAAGUUGGCAUGUCUGGUCCUGUCAGCGAACCUACAACACCCCCAGAGUACCGUGAGAACAGCUAUCCUGCUUUCACCCGCCCUACUCGGUUCUCAACUUCAAGUGUUACUUCUUCUCCCGGUUUCUUCAAUGUCUUUGCACCUGCUCAGGUCACUACUCCGCCGAGCCAGGUGAAUCACAACUCUGCUCAAACACCAACCAAUCGUUUCUCCGUUCACUCUGUUCCUGGUUCUCGGAGGAACUCAGAGAAGGAGGACUUCACUCAAGAACCUACUUCACCUUUCCGUCCAGGCCCAUCUAUCCAUCGCUACUCGAUGCCUUCUACAGGCUUAGGAUCACAGAUCCGUCCGACCCUAUCGGGUUUCAACAGUUCGUCUGGUUUGGAGUCAUUCAAUGCUUCCAAAUAUCUGUUUCAUAACGAAGACGACCGAGCGACUUUGAAGGACGAGGACAGGAUUCCAACACCCGACUUCAAGAGUAUCCUUAAAUUGACCGACACUGACGACAAGUUCCCGACCCUGUCUCGCAGAGACGACUCAGGCCUGCUGUCUGCGAAUUCGGACGCCCUGGACCUCGCCAAUUCACGUACUCCCAACCCCGAGACUUGGAACACUCACAGUCGGCACCGCACUACUCACCAGAGCAUGCCACAAAACGCUCUGAACAUGUUCCGUCAGCUUGGUAACCAAAAUGACGAGAAUCAUGCUCAUUCUUCGAACUCUGCUCGUCAUGCUGCCAGACAUUCGCUGGAGGCGAACCUGCUCUACAGCGCCGAGGACAAUUCUGAAAACCUGACAGCUACUGCUUCCAGCAGACCUGCAUCCUUGCAGUCUUCAUACUCGACCAACGAUCUGCCCACAGUCAAAGGCGAGCCUUUCAAUCCCGCCGUCACUCCUCCUAAGACGCAUGCCGAACAGAUUCAACACAAUGCCAACCUUGGUCGGAUUCCUGCUGUGAACCAUGUGAACUCCCGCCAACAAAGGGAAUCGCCUGAACGCGAUGAAGCGAGAUUGCAGGGGACCCGGGCCCAGCAGACUACUCUGCAAGCUAGUGCCACACCUUUCGGUCCACCAAUCACCACCGGACCUGCCAAUAGCAGCAGUACUGUCGCACCAACUACUUUGACCCCAUUCCAGGCGCCGUUCUAUGGGUAUGGUAUUCAAGCCUACAUGGGCGCUCCAGUGCAGGUCAGCGGUCAGAUCCAGAACUACAAUGCCGCAGCUCCCUUUGCAGGGUAUGCUCCCUAUGGCACUUAUCGCAUGCCUGAAGGUUCGGCCAAAAGCGUUACCUCCCGACGCAGCGGCGAUAACGAUAGCGCUCAGCUCUCUCGCUUCACCAACUUCCCGCUUGAGCAUUAUAAAGGCGAGUUGUAUGGCCUUUGCAAGGACCAACACGGUUGCAGAUACUUGCAGAGAAAAUUGGAAGAGCGUAAUCCAGAGCAUGUACAAAUGAUCUUUGAGGAAACACGCCUUCAUGUGGUUGAACUCAUGACAGAUCCCUUUGGCAAUUACCUGUGUCAGAAAUUGCUUGAAUAUUCCAAUGAUGAACAGCGUACUGAUUUAAUCAACAACGCUGCUCAUCAGCUCGUUAAGAUUGCUCUUAAUCAACACGGUACCAGGGCGCUCCAAAAGAUGAUCGAGUUUAUCUCUACCGCCGAACAAACCCAAACGGUCAUCCAUUCGCUAGAGGACCAUGUUGUCGAACUGGUUCAGGAUCUCAACGGAAACCAUGUGAUCCAAAAGUGUCUCAACCGUCUCUCUGCUGAGGACGCUCAAUUCAUCUACGAUGCCGUUGGUGCCAACUGCGUGGUUGUCGGCACUCAUCGCCAUGGAUGUUGCGUUCUGCAACGAUGCAUUGACCAUGCGUCUGGUGAUCAAAAAGCGCGCCUCAUUGCUCAAAUCACUGCAAACGCAUUUGCCCUUGUUCAAGAUCCUUUCGGAAACUACGUUGUGCAAUAUAUUUUGGACCUUGCUGAGCCUCAUUUCACCGAGCCGUUGUGCCAGAAUUUCCGAGGCAACAUCCCCGCCCUGUCCAAGCAGAAAUUCAGCUCGAAUGUCAUUGAGAAGUGCCUUCGUACUGCGGACUUCCAAAUUCGGCGUCAGAUGAUCGAUGAAAUGCUGGCAGGAGCCGAACUUGAGAAGAUGCUCCGCGACUCAUUUGCGAACUAUGUGGUGCAAACAGCCAUGGACUUUGCCGAUGCUGAGACUCGAGCGCGGAUUGUUGAUUGCAUCCGUCCUAUAUUGCCUUCUAUCCGUCAAACCCCCCAUGGCCGUCGUAUUGCUGGUAAGAUGAUGGCAUCCGAAGGCUCAGGAAGGGGAAGUGCCGCAACCAGCGGGCAAGUGACGCCUAACGAAAUGAACUCCGCCCAGCUUCCGGGUCCCCUUCAAGGACCACAGAAGUCAUUCAUGUAUCAACACAGCCCUUUCCCAGUCGGUUCCCAAUUUGGAAAUCAGAACUUUGUUCCCACCGCUGGCUCCACGACAGGUUCCAACGCUCCGUCUGGUGGACCUAGCGAGGCUAUUUUUGCUUCAGCUGUCCCACAAGCCAACGGCAAUCUUGGUGCUCAAAGCCACCAAGGGCCCUACGACUCAUAUCUAUGCUUCCAUCAGAAAUCAGCCGGUCGCUCAGCAAACAAUGGCCUUGUCGAGAGCUCCAGACCAGGCAACUUGCCAGUCUUCUCGGCGGUCUCCAGCCCAUCUACAUUAGUCGUGCACGGAAUAUCCGCCACUUGCAAAACGACCAUCGUCCGCAAUGUCCUCGCCGCCCUCGAAGUACCACAUGCUAUUGUCCGGAGUCCCGAAUGCAUCACCGGCCGUCACUUGUUAACGAAGAUCCUCUGGGCAACUCUUGAAGCGCUGGGGAAACGCGACGAAUGGGAGAAAUACGGCAAGGGAAGAUGCGAGCAUGUUAGCUCUCUGGCUGUGCUGCUGGGCGAAUGUCUUGCUUCGUUGUCGGACAGCAACAACAGCAGCAGCAAUGACAAGGGCAAGUUUGUGCUGGUUUUGGAUGGGAUAGAUAAGCAGCGUGAAGCUCCGCAUACGCUGUUGUCUGCGCUGGCGAGGUUGGGAGAAGUGAUUCCGUCCCUGUGUGUCGUCCUUAUUCUCAGUUCUAGUCCGCGGCCGCUGUUUCUUCAGGCUGCCGGCGUUCCGCAUAUUAGCUUUCCGCCGUAUACGCGCAAAGAGGCGAUUACUAUUAUUUUGAAUGCUGGGCCGCCGGUCGUGAGUGGUCUGGACGACGGGGCUGCUUCGAGAUUAUACCCGCAUUUUGUGUCCGCUAUCUAUGACUCUCUUAUUGGGCCUACGGCGAGUUCGAUUCCUACGUUCAGAUCGAUAUGUGAGAAGAUUUGGCCUCAGUUUGUUGCUCCUAUUACCAACGGCGAUAUCCCGCCCGGAGGAAGCAACGAAUGGGACUUCUCGCGACUUCUGGUCAAAAACCGUGCUUUAUUCCGCCAUCAAGGCGAAGGCGCUCUUGUACAUCACAUUGUCACUGAAGAAUCAGCUCCCGCAAAUGGCUCCCUGUCGAAGCCGUCAAUGUCCGUCGUCUCGGCCCCUUCACCCCUUCCUUCCUUACCUUACUUCCCGACCUUGAUCUUGACCUCCGCAUACCUUGCCUCGCAUACACCCCAACGACUCGAUACCAUCUUCUUUUCGAAAUUCUCUUCCUCUUCCUUAUCUGCGCGGAAUAAACGCGCGCAUCACAGACGACGGUUGAAGGUGCUUUCCCGGGCGCAGGCGGAGGAUAGUCGGGAGGCGAGCCGAGGCCCGUCGACCCCUAGCAAGAAAGGCAAAAGAGAAAAGACUCGCAUCACGAAAUCAACCCUGGAGUCUGCCUUUGCUACUUCCUCUGCCACUACUUCAGCUGUGGGCGGCAACGCCGGUAUCACCGGACCGUCCACGAUCCUGACAGCCCGUCCUUUCCCGCUGGAGCGACUGGUCGCUAUCUACCACGCCAUUGACCCCAAUCCCCCUGCAAACCCCAUCCGACUGGCGGCCGUUUCCGAUGCGAUAUAUGCGGAGCUUGCUACAUUACGUCGGUUACGGCUCGUCGUGCCAGCGGCAGGUCGCGAUAGCGGCGGUCGCAUGGGGCUCGGGUCAGGAGGGUUAAGUAGCGGUAACACGACCUCGGAUGCUGGCGAGAAAUGGUGCGUCAACGUCUCGGGUGAUUGGAUCGGAGAGUUGGCCAAGACAGUAGGCGUCGAGGUUGGCGAGUGGUUGGCCGGAGGGUUGGAUUAA